UCUUGUCUACAAAUUUCCCAGUCCCCUCCUCUUCAAGACUUCACCAGCUCGCAGUCGGAGUCGGAGAGACAAUGGCCAAUUUCCCCACCCUCUUCAUCAUAGCCCUGCUCUUCUUCCCGUUCCUAACGUGCGCCGCCCGCCCGGAGCCCGCUUUUCUCGGCAAGACAGCCCAACAUCGCUCCGUGGUUGUCGAAGUUGAUGAUGCGGCGGCGGCGGAGGAGGAGAGCUGCCAAGGAAUCGGAGAAGAAGAGUGCUUGAUGAGAAGAACACUGGCCGCCCAUGUUGAUUAUAUCUACACCUGUGACCCAGAAGCAGAAGCCGCCAUGAAUACACACACACACACAGACGUAUCUCAACCUCCCUGUGUUGGGGAUUAAUUAGUUUGAGACAUGUGUUCAUGAUUAAUUAGUUUGAGUUUGUUUGAGACAUGUGUUGAUGAGUAGCUGUCCGGUUUCAGAUCUUACAUACUCGUUCAGUUCGUAUGAGUGUAUUUGAUUGGAAGCAUAUCGUAUGACUGUGUUUGUGGAUCGUAUUAGUGUUUUUGGUUGCAAGCACAGAUUGAGUGUGUUUAUAGAUCGUAUGAAUGUCUUCAAUUGUAAGUUUAGAAUUUGUAUGGGGAGAAAAUAUUUUUUUGAUCGAAGGUAUUUGAUUAAUUUUGUAUGGAAAGAAAGUCUUUUGAUGAGAAGAACACUGGUCGCUCUCUUUAUAG